CGAUGUGCCUCCUCCGCCGCCUCGCCAGGCCGGGCCAGGCGGGGAGAAGAUGGCGCUGUCCAGGGGCUUGCGGUGCUGCCAGCGGGUCUUCGGCUGGGUUCCCGUCGCCAUCAUCACCCUGGUGGUACUCUGGUCCUACUACGCCUACGUCUUCGAGCUCUGCUUGGUGACUGUGACCAGUUCCAUAGAAAAAGUGGCCUACCUCACCAUAUUCCAUGUGAUCUUCCUGUUCUUCAUAUGGACGUAUUGGAAGUCUAUAUUUACUCCUCCACAACAACCGGACAAAAAGUUCCACAUGUCUUAUGCUGACAAAGAGCGCUAUGAGAAUGAAGAGAGACCAGAGGGACAGAGACAGAUCCUUGCCGAAAUGGCACGGAAAUUGCCGGUGUACACGAGAGCAGGGAAUGGAGCGAUUCGAUUCUGCGAUAGAUGCCAGCUCAUCAAACCUGACCGCUGCCAUCACUGUUCGGUUUGUGCCAUGUGUGUAUUAAAAAUGGAUCAUCAUUGCCCAUGGGUAAACAACUGCAUUGGAUUUUCUAACUACAAAUUCUUCCUGCUGUUUUUAGCAUAUUCUCUUUUGUACUGCUUGUACAUAGCUGCAACAGUCUUCAAGUAUUUCAUCAAGUAUUGGACAGAGGAGCUGACCAACGGACGUGCCAAGUUCCAUAUCCUUUUCCUCCUUUUUGUGGCAAUCAUGUUUUUUGUUAGCCUACUCUUCCUCUUUGGCUACCAUUGCUGGCUCGUCAGCCAAAACAGGUCUACGUUGGAGGCCUUUUCAGCUCCUGUGUUUCCUACUGGCCCCGAUAAAAACGGAUUUAAUCUUGGCAUUAAAAAAAAUCUUCAACAAGUGUUUGGAGAGAAAAAAAGACUUUGGUUCCUCCCUGUGGUAUCCAGUCAAGGCGAUGGACAUUUUUUCCCAACAAGAACUCUGAGUGAAGCAAGGAAUCCACUGCUAGCAAGUGAAGAGCAAUGGGAGGAAGAUGGGUUGGAUGAUGAUAACCUCGAUUACAACCAAGGUUCUUCAAUUUCUGUGGAAAUGGAGACGUAGCAUUUUUGAAAGGCAGUUGGUACAAAACUCACACUCCCAGCUUCCUUCUAUGAUGGACAUUCAUGGGGAACAAAAGGAAAGGAAGCACUUGGAUUCCCUGCAGAAGGGUCAUCGUCUGAUGCCAAUCCUGGCUGUCUGAAAUGGUUCUUCAGGAUACUGGCCUGGUGAUGGCUCCAAGGGUUCCUACUGAUUAUUAACUCUUGAGCAAGGGCAGCUUUGGCAGAUUAAGGCCUUUCAAGACCUUUUACUUUUUUAUUUCUUACCGAGAAUAAGUGAGAACUCUUUGUGCAAAUGUAUUUCCAAAUGCCUUAAUGGCAGAUAUUGAAGACCCUGGAUUUCACAAUAUUUUUCAUCUUGCCAACUUACAAGAAUGGCUCUGUAACAAGGAGUAGAUGGCUGGUCAACUAGACUACUUGUACAAGUGUUUUCAAGCAGGAAUCAUGGUUGCCAAAUCAGGUCUUAUUGUUAGAAACCCUGGCAAGUAUGCACUGCACGUUUAAGGAUGUACGUCUCCUCUCCCUGCCCACAAUACCUCCUACUUUUUAAAAUCCUUUUCUUUGAUUCUGCUAAGAACGUUGGCCCUUUUGGUCUAAGAAACACACCCUUUUUGGUGUGGUGU